ACCAGUACCACCAUCCACAGCAGUUGUUGCGACUUGACCUCUUCCCUUCCUCCUCCAUUUCCAACGCCCUCCUCCCUCCCUUGUUAAUUCCUCCUCCUCGUCGUCGUCAACCUCCCGAUCGAGUUCCCACCCCAGCCAACGACCCAACCCCAGCUUCUCCUCCUCCUCCUUUCAAAUCACACCCUUCGUCCUCGGAAUUCUCUGCGCUGCAGCACCAGCAUCUCGCAAGUCAAACCAUCCUUAUUUAUUCUGGUUUUCUUGCCUUGCUGCUGCUGCUGCUGCGGUUGAUUUUGAUCUUGGAAGAGGAGGAGGAGGAGGGGUUGGGUUGGUGGGGGUAGCAGCAGCAGCAGAGCCGCCGGUGAUGGAGGAACGGCAGGCGGUCAACCCGGCCUGCCCCAACGCCGCCAACCCCUUCCACCGCUGCGCCGACUACUGCCCCGUCCCUGCUCCCGCCGCCGCCACCGCCAAGCCGCCCCCACCGCCGCCGUCUUCCCGACCGGCGCAGAACGGGACCGCGGCGCCGCAGAACGGGACGGCCGCGGCGCAGAACGGAAUCGCGGAGCAGAACGGGAGCACGCACAGCGACGGCGAGCUGCAGGCGAAGCCGCGCCGCCGCGACAGGGCCGGCGGAUCCGGGGGCCUCCCCUUCUACGUCUUCCUGCGCGAGGGAGCCGACGGCGACGGCAAGAAGGUGGACCCGCGAUGCCCCAACGCGCCCAACCCGUUCCACGUCUGCACCGAGCACUGCGCCGCCAAGAUGGCCGAGGUCAGCCGCUCGUCGGAGGGCGGGAAGUCCCCCAUGUCCCUCUUCUCCCGCCACUCGCGCCGCUCCUCCUCCUCUGAAGAUGGCAGCGUGAGAUCGGGGAGCAGCAAGAAGGUGGAUCCUAAGUGCCCAAAUGCUGGCAAUCCAUUCCAUGAAUGCACUGAGCAUUGUGCUGCCAAGAUGAAGGAGGUGGGUCAGCAGAAUAAGACUGUUAAGAAGUCGUCCUCACGCAAGAAAGGGGGAAAGGAGAUCUCUGUUGUGCAGAACUGGAAGGUGGAUCCGAGGUGCCCAAAUGCGUCCAACCCAUUCCAUAUAUGCGCCCAAUACUGCUUUGAUCAUUUGAAUGAAACGGGUCAGAAAGAUACAAGCAAACCAGACUCAAGGAAGGGCAAAGCUGUUGUGAAAGCAGAGCAAACAGGAGAAAUCAAUCCUGAUUGUGUGAAUGCGUCCAAUCCCUACCACAAGUGUGGGGAACAUUGUAAGAGAAAGGGUGACAGGUAGAUAAGGCUGGCGAUACAAGGUUUCCUCUCCAGAUGAUGAUGGUGAAAAAAAAAGUAUAUCCCGACAAUAGUCCUGUAGGUUUCAAUAGAAGCUGUGUUUCCAUCGGCUCCGCUUUUUAUUGUGGCUGCAGCAUCACAAUCUUUGCUGUAUUAUCAUGUACUUUCUACACACUUUCUUACCGCCAUUCACUCCUAUAAAAGAGUCCCAUAUUCUAGAUCUAGUAGUAUAAUUUAUUCCGUGAAGAUUGUAAAAAUAGAAGCGUGUUGUUUCUUUUUUUCCCCCUUCUUUUUGUAAGAUAAUUGCCUGCUUAUAUAAGUUAUAAUUUUGUCACCAACCAAGUGGUCCACAAACCAGUUUUUUCAUUCAUUUUCUUUC